GUAUUCUGUUUAGAUACAUUUUAAUAACAUUAACACAUGCUUUUUCGUAAUGAAAUAAUCAGCAUGUAUAGAGGCUGCAUUAAGAUUCAGCCUUUAUAUAAUAUGUACAUAUUUAAAUAUGGAAAUUAGAUUAGUUAUAACAGUCACAAAAAAGUAAUCUCAUUUUUAAAUCACUAAAUACUUAUCAGUUGUACUUACUGAAUAAAAAAUGCCUUUAAAAGGAUUAAAAAUUUUAGAAUUAGCUGGACUGGCACCAGGCCCGUUUUGUGGGAUGAUAUUAGCUGAGUUUGGUGCAACAGUUAUUAAAGUAGACAAGACUAAUGCACGUACAAUAAUCCCUGAUUGCCUUAGUCAUGGAAAAAGAUCAAUCGCAUUGAAUCUAAAAAAUGAGAAGGGUAUUGAAAUUUUUAAAAAAUUGAGCAAUCAAUGUGACGUAAUUAUAGAUCCGUACAGACCUGGUGUAAUGGAGAAACUAAAAUUAGGUCCUCAAGAUCUUAUGAAAAUAAAUAAGAGAUUAAUAUAUGCUAGAUUAACAGGAUUUGGUCAAAAAGGACCAUAUGCAGAUAUGGCUGGUCAUGAUAUUAAUUAUUUAGGCUUAUCUGGUUUAUUAUCUUUACUUGGUCGUUUUAAUGAAAAACCAACACCACCAUUAAAUCUUGUUGCUGAUUUUGGUGGUGGUGGAUUAAUGUGUGCUUUUGGAAUAGUAUUAGCAGUAUUAGAACGUAACAAAAAUAAUAUUGGUCAAGUGAUUGAUGCAUCAAUGGUAGAUGGAUCAGCAUAUUUAGGAAGCUGGUUUUUUAGAACCCAAAAUAUAACUCAAUUGUGGGAAAACCCACGUGGUAAAAAUAUGCUAGAUAGUGGGUCACAUUUUUAUGAUACCUAUGAAACAAAAGAUAAAAAAUAUAUGUGUGUUGGCGCAAUUGAGCCACAAUUUUAUAACAUAUUUUUGGAGAAACUUGGUCUAUCAGAAGCUGAAAUGCCACAGUUUGACAAAUUUGAAGAAAAUCGAAUGAAAUUAGAAAAAAUAUUUAAGGAAAAAGAUCAAACUGAGUGGUGUGCUAUAUUUGAUGGCCUAGAUGCAUGUGUAACUCCUGUUUUAGAUUUAAAAGAAGUUACACAUCAUGUACAUAACAGAGAAAGAAAUACAUUUACAACAUUGAAAGAUGAUUUAGUUGUUCCAAAUCCUGCACCACGUUUAUCUUCCACUUCUGGGAAGUCAAAGGUACAUGAAAAAAUUCCUGAACCAGAAGAUGCAUUAAAGCCUGCACAAUGGCAUGAUUAGUUGCAUUCAUAUGAAUGUUCAAUGGAAAAUUGCACUCCCCACUGCAAUAAUAAGCAUCAUAUCCUUCUGGGGCAAUAAUCCAAUCUUGCCAUUGUAAGUCUUUGAAGCUAAUAUAUAAACUUUUCAUAUUACAUGAAUAUCCUUUUUUAUGAUUACCAAAAUCGGUGUAUGGAUUAUUCUUAGCAUUUAUGAUACCGAAAUCCAAUUUUUUAAAUUGAUCUCUUCUUUGUCUUUGUAAUACAUUGUGCUUAAUUUGCUUUUCGGCAUUUUUGAAGAAACCAACCAUAAAUGGUUGCUUAUCUGGAACUCCUGAAACACCUACAAUUCCUAUAUCAUCUGGUCUCAAAAUGUGGCCGAUAUAAUCAGCAUCAUGCACUGCUACAAAUAAACCCCGAUUUUCUUUUGGAUUUCCAACCCAAUAUUCAAGUACUUGGCUAAUAUUUAAAGUUAUCCAUCCUUCUUUAUUUGUUGUAGUAUUGACGGAGUUUAUAUAAUGUUUGACUCGUCUACCAUUUUUGGUUUUAGCCACCCUGUGUAAUGCUAUUGUAUAACUCUUAUUAUAGUCAAAACGUUGUUCCAGGCUCUGAUAAAGACGUAGUUCAGCUGAGA